AUGGUACUUGCCUGUUGUCCCUUUGAGGUUCAAGCUUUUGAUGGUGCACUUCCCAGUUGCUCCGUUCGGCCUCAGAUUGCCUUCCAUCCACUCGGCGGUAUGAUGUUCCCAUUGCCGCUGGACUUCUUCCCUCCGUUGCGCCUAAGCAAGCAGGAAGCGCAGAGCUUCCUCCAGUGGGGAGACUCGCUGCUGCAACAGACUAUCGACGCGUACCACCGCGAACAGUUUGACACGCAGGAAUCGCGGGAGCGCAAGUGGAAGCCGAUCAAGCAGAAGCACGAUCUGACAGUCUAUCGGCGACGUAAGAUCAAAGACGACAGCGAAUUCAAAUAUUUGUGCACAGGCCGCAUCGACGGCACGCUGGACGAGGUCGUUAUGGGUCGCUACGCUGACAACACGCCCGACUUCCGGCGCAUCUCGGGUGUUUACCGCGAGGACAUCGUGGACUGCGCCGUGCUUGGCGUCAUCAAGAAACGCACCCCUGAAGAUCCGUUCUUCCUCUCGUGUUUCAAGUGGAUGACGGUAGAGUCGCCCGGUAAGGGACUCGUCAAGAACCGCGACGUCUGCUGGUACGAACAGGUGGGCAUGACGCGCGAUCGCAACGGCAAAGAGAUUGGCUACACACUCACCGAGUCGGUUGAGCUGCCCACUUGUCCGCUGUUCAAUGAGUGCGUACGAGCCAAGUUCUCUAUCUGCUACCUGUACAAGCGAAACAAGAGCGGAGGGGUCAAAGUCUACAUGCGUGGCAAGAAUGACGCAGGCGGAAAAGUCGUGGACUGGGUAGCCGACAUGAAAUCGGCGGAACUCUGGCUACGUAUUGAGCAGGCGAGACCCGUGGCACAUGCAGUCAUUGCCACGGCACUGGUGGAGGCUGGCAAGCACACGGUGCGUCCGUUCAUCACGCAUGGAAAGUGCGAGGUGUGCCACGCCAAGGCCUCUGGCUUCUUGAGCUCAUCCAAGCAGUGUGCUGUGUGUCACCGAGUCACGUGCUCCAGCUGCGUCCUCAAAGUGCGUGUCCUGAGCUUCCACGACUUCCGUGUGCCACACCACGAACAGUUCUGCAAGAAAUGCAUCCGAUUGAUUCACCAAGUAGAUCUACGCGCCCCGGAGAGUGUACGGAACCUUGUGGAGUACGCUGCUGCUUCCUUGACGGGGUCCGAGAGCUCGCAGGACAGCUUUGGGAGCUCAACACGAGGCAGAGCAGCCACGGACGACAGCGGCGAGGGGGAGGGCCAACACGCAGCGUCUGCGUCAAGCAGCCACAGCAGUAGUAGUGGAUCCUUCCGCACAAUCCCACAGCCUAUCAUUGGUGUAAACCGCCAGAAAGAGGACGAGGGUUAUUACGCGGAUUCGGGGGCAGCAGCAGCUCCGCUUCCGAAGCAUCCUGGACAGCCCACACACAACACUCAAGUGAAACCUGGUUCGUCGUCGAUGUCAGCUGUGCCCGUGACCAUCUACCAAGAGCAGUCAUCACACCCUACCAGUCGUAGUAUGGACGCCUAUGCGGAGAAGCGCACGGUGGCAAAACGUCGUCACAGCCACUCGCCACCUGGCAGCCCUGAAGACAAUUACUACAAGGGACGCGACUCGGAGACGCCAGUGACUCGAGGGUCCAUCGCAGUAGCUCGAGUAAACAGCGCGUCCUCAAGGCCUUACAACGGCAGCUUCAACAGCUCCAACGCCUACGAACGCAGUGACUCCGAUCCAGACUCGCUGAUGGCGCAGAUUAUCCAGAUGAACCUCAUCGCUGAGCAAUCUCGUCAACAGAUCCAGGACAACAUCAAGAUGGCACGUCAGCUCAGUAGCAGCCGCUCGUAAACGCUUCAUACAGUGGAGCUCA